AGUCGCAAAUACCUUUCUAGUUACUUUACUGGUGUCUGAUGCUUUGGCUCUUGCUGCGACCAUCAGCCAAGAGUAAUUUCUUCAAGGCAGUUUUUUUUUGGUGGUAAGUCUCACAUUUCCCACCAGGAGCACGGCUCAGUUAUUCGGCGACGGAAAAAAUUGGAUGAAGAAAAGUUUUUUUUUCUGUUUUCUCAUGCCAAGUUUGUGUCUGUGCAGCGUGGAAAAUUUUGUGUAGAAACAUUUGCGUUCGGGAGUGUCGCCAGUUUGAAAUUGUACCCAAAUUGGCAGCUUAGAAAAGUGCUUAAUUUUUUGCGAAAAAUUUUGCCUGCUGUGUGAUUUUUAGCCGCAAUCAUCGAAGCCGAGAUGUGAUUUUCCUUUCGGACGCAAGCUGUUAUUUGUCUUCGUCCUCGAAUCGUUUUAAUUCUCAGCAAAUUAGUUCCGUUCAAUUGAGUGCAUAAAUUUGAGGUGGCAGACGCUGGGAAGCGGAAUUUGCAGCCUUAGCCGAAGGAUAAUCAGCGAAGCAUCAAACCCCCCGGAGAAAGCCGUGGCCGGGCGAGAGGGAAAACCCGGGAACUGUGCUGGUGGACGAUGCCAAUGUUGUCUCAAUUUCAAAUGAACUUUCGAGCAUUUCUGGUGCUGGCAUCGAAAAUAUGGACCUGUCUCUGCUAUAUGUUCAACCGACAGGUUAGAGCGUUUGUACAGCAUCAACCGGUAAAAUAUGAACUGUUUCCCCUGUCGCCGGUUUCCCGGCACCGGCUGGGUAUGGUCCAGCGGAAGACCCUGGUGCUGGAUUUGGACGAGACGCUGAUACACUCGCAUCACGACGCGAUGCCACGGAACACCGUCAAACCCGGUACGCCGCACGACUUCACCGUUAAGGUUACGAUCGAUCGGCACCCGGUGCGCUUCUUCGUUCACAAGCGACCCCAUGUGGACUAUUUUUUGGAUAUUGUAUCACAAUGGUACGAUCUAGUGGUCUUCACCGCCAGUAUGGAGAUUUACGGUGCAGCAGUCGCCGACAAGUUGGACAAUGGACGUAAUAUCCUAAAACGCCGUUAUUACCGGCAGCACUGUACGCCCGAUUUUGGCUCGUACACAAAAGAUCUGUCGGCGAUAUGCGGCGAUCUGAAUAGAAUAUUCAUCAUAGACAAUUCGCCCGGUGCGUAUCGAUGUUUUCCGAACAAUGCAAUACCGAUCAAAUCCUGGUUCUCGGACCCGAUGGAUAUUUGCUUACUGUCACUGUUACCUCUGUUAGACGCCCUAAGGUUCACCAACGACGUACGAUCAGUGCUAUCGCGAAAUCUACACCUACACCGUUUGUGGUAGCAGAAUUUAAGUAAUAUUUUAUGGUGCGCUGUGAGACUUCUAAAAUCUUACAAAUAUUCAUUUAUUUUAUUCUAAAUGUUUUCAUCCUAAGAUGAGAGAGCAAAUUUCGUCGAUGAAAAACCUGAAAUAAAAGUAAAAUAAAACGACAAGAGGAAUAAACAAAACAAACAUGAAAACCUAAUACUUUAGAUGAUAAAUAACGUAUUUCGUACAAUAAGCAUUAAUAUUAUUUGAACGUUCGCCACAGCGGGCUUCGCCUUGCUCGUUUCAUCUUUUACAACUUAUUCAGUCGUAAGUUUUCACCGUAUGUGUAUACGUUUAUUCAAAGAUGUUUGUUUUCAUUAUGAAAUAUCGAGUACAGCUCGGAUCCUAAUUCUUCCGUUCUUCUAAUGGCUAUACGAGGGACAUCGUUCAAGAACUGAACGAUACACUAGGAACAGCACGUAUAUGCUGGUUAAGCAAAUAAGUCACUGACAUUGUUUGAUUAGUUUACCUGAUUGUUUGUUUGAAUAGCUAAGAACAAGUUGAAGACAAAUUUAUUUAUACGGAUGAUUGUACCAUUAUAUGAGUGUAAAAAAUAAAGUAAACAGUGAAUACUUAAGAACCACAAAGUGUAAGUGUUGAUACGUUGAAUAAGGAGUGACUCAAAUUAGAAUAAAACAUCAUAAGGUUACCUCCUAUGGUUGAACUAAGUGAAACCCGGGAGGAGACGGAUCUUUUUAGAAAUUAAGUCAUCUUAUAAACAUAGAAACACUCAUCAAUCGAUAACACUGCAAUCAACUCCAUACCCGUAAAUGUCCUCUAGUGUGCGAUAGCUUAGCCAGCUACAAACAAACAAUUUCAGUAGAAAUUCGAUGGAUUAUUCUACCCAUUGGUUUGUAGUUAGUUAAGGCACUGAUAACAGACGUUUGGGUUCGAUUUGAAUCGUGUGUAAAUACCCGCUACUGAAAUUCGCUUGUAGAUGUCGCAGUGAUCGAUACAAUGCAGUUAGAGUGCAGCUGUCAAACAUGUGUAGCAAACAGUUGCGCAGAUGGCAAUAGUGAAACACGGAUUUCCAACGUUUAUCAAUUUGAAAGUUUACACAGGUUUUUGAAGAAAUUUUGUUCCAUCCUAAACGUCUGUUAUCUGUGGUUAAGGCAUCUGAUCCAACUCGACAGAGUACUAUCGAUAGUUGUAUAACAACGUUUUGAGGAAUAUGAAAGGUUGCUAAAACCAAAUAAAAUGAACUUAUAAAAAAUAUUGGUUGUGUCCGCUAGAAGGAGCAAAGCUAACUCUUCCUCAUUCUAAAUUUACAACAAUAUCGGCACAACUAGGACGGUUUCCGUCUUUUGCCAGCACCUAUGAGCAAGUAUUUUUAAUCUGUAUUACCUUGUACACCAUUAUUUCAUGAAUUUUCUUCCCUGCUGUCUAAUCAAUCAAUCAAUUCAAGAGGCUAUCAUAGAUAAGUAAAACAGAAUCAAGUGGCAAAAGUGGAUACAAUUUGAAUCAUGUCAAUAACUUCUAUAAGAUUUUCAUCUUAAGUCUUUCCAGCUCUUCAUAGGUUGAAUUGAUGAUUAGUCCUUCGAAAUUAUCUUUUACUUUUUGCUAGUAUAGUAGUGAAUCUUGCCUUGGCGUAGGUUUGUUUGUUAUCUCGUUAAUUUCCUCUACACAUUGAUACUCUAGACAAAAAGUGUAUUUUCUAUAUGUUUUUAGAAACAUCGAAUUAGUUUAAAUUUCUCGAUACAACCCCAUAGUGUUUUGAUUGGUAUCUUACUACAAUCAACGGCAUUCGUCAGGAUUGCAAAGAUUCCUUAAGCAAUGACAAAUUCUUUUGAUACUAGCAUAAGUGCAGAAAUAAAUAAGUGUAAAACAGUAAUAAGCUAUUUUGGAAAUUUGUUACCAUGGAAAAGAAAACAAAUACAAACAAAGAAAAUAAUUGUUUCAUUCAGGAUUACAGGAAAUAGGUCAACACUGAUGGAAUGAAAUUACUUGCAACUGGUAAAAAAUCGCAGCAGACACAAACAAAUAAACAAUUAUUCAGCAAAAACUACUAAAGAGUAAUAGGUAUUAAUUUGUACAUAUAGUUUGAUAGAAUGAUAAUCAGAAAACAAAGCCCAAAUAAGAAUGCAGUAAAUGAACAAUAUAGGCA